AGUUAGCUCUUUAUUUAUCAUAUGUAGCCUAAAAUCUCUUAUAACUUCUCUAAAAUCAUUGUUAUACUCUCUGAGCUGAUUCUGUGUGACGUAGAAAUAAACUCAGACCGCAAAUGAGAGCAGGCAAAGGCUCUUCAGGCAGAGCUUGCUAUACUAAGUGAUCUAGCCACCAUCACAUGUUUGGCAGAGAGUCAAAAGCAAGCAGGAGAAACUUUAGUUUGGAAAAAAGGGAAAACUCAACUAUGCUGAGUUUUAAUGAGAACAGGCAAAGGCUCUUCAGGCAGAGCUUGCUAUACUAAGUGAACUGGCCACCAUCACAUGUUUGGCAGAGAGUCAUAAGCAAGCAGGAGAAACUUUAGUGUGGAAAAAAGGGAAAACUCAACUAUGCUGAGUUUUGAGAAGAUCAGCUUGGAAAAGCUGGAGGCAGGUUAAGUAAAAGAAGCAGGACUCUCCUCCACCCAGCCUCGGGGAGCAAGCAAGCAGGGGAACCUGUUCUCUGUUCUUGCUCCCCGCUGCUGCAGUAGCGGCCCCAAUAAAACCUUGCUUGGAAAUCAAAAAUGCGGGAUGUCCUCUGUGAUUUGGUAGGGGAGCACACCCGACUUUCUCUGCUGGUCCUGGGUGGAGGAGGGGUACACAUGUUAGGGACAAGUUCACACUUGCCACCCAAGUCCUGAUUGGGCGCCUGUUGCCACGUUGCUUCCGGUUUGGGUUCCAGGCUGGAGCUACAGGUCGCAGCUUAGCCUGAUGGCCAGGAUCCAGCCCCAUCUCGGAGGCCAGGCCAUGGAAGCCAUGUCCCUGCCAGUCCCAUGGAAGGGGCUGCUGUCCUUUGAAGACGUGGCUCUGUACUUCACUAGGGAAGAGUGGGACACGCUGGAUUGGGCUCAGAAGGCCCUCUACAGGGACGUGAUGCUGGACAACUACAGACACGUUGUCUCCUUGGGAUUUCAGUUUCCCAAACCUGAGGUGAUCUGUCAGCUGGAACAGUGGGAAGAGCCGUGGAUCCUGGAUCUGCAGAGAGCGGGGACUAGGAAGGCUUCCGGUAGUGCCUGCCCAGAUUCGGAAGCCAGAUUCCAGACGAAAGAGCUCACCCCAAAGGAGAACACUUCUGAAGAUUUAAUGUUAUGGAAGAUGUCAGCGGUAAAGCAGAAAACAGCCAAGGAGCCUUCAGAAGAGUUACGUGAAUAUAAUGAAUUUGUGGACAUUUAUGGAUUUUCACUCCCUGCUACUGGUGAUGAGUGCUGUAAGGACUUCCUUCAAAGCCUUAACCUUAUUCACAGUCAGAGAGCUCAGACAAGGACACAGCAGGGCAAAUAUGAUGAGUACGGAAAACCCUACCAUCACAGAUCACGGCUUUUGAGGCAUAAGAGAACUCUGACAAACGCAAAAUCUUAUGAAUGCCACGAAUGUGGAAGAGCCUUCCAGCGGCAAGCAAAUUUAGUUCGACAUCAAAGACUUCACAGUUCAGAGAAUCCCUUUGAGUGUGACAUAUGUGGGCAGGCUUUCAAACAGAAGUCUGCUCUGAUCGUCCACAAACAGUGUCACUCACAAAAAAAGCCAUAUAAAUGUCACGACUGUGGAAAGUGUUUCCGUCAGAUGGCGUAUCUCGUUGAACAUAAGAGGAUCCAUACCAAAGAAAAACCCUAUAAGUGCAGCAAAUGUGAAAGAACGUUUAGUCAGAAUUCAACGCUUAUUCGACAUCAGUUAAUCCACAGUGGAGAGAAACCCCACAAGUGCGCUAAAUGUGGAAAAGCCUUUGGCCGGCACUCAACCCUUAUGAGCCAUCAACAGAUUCACAGUAAACAGAAUGCCCACAAAUGCACUGAGUGUGGAGAAUCCUUUGGUCGGAAUGUCGAUCUCAUUCAGCAUCAGAGGAUCCACACGAAGGAGGAGUUCUUUGAGUGUAGAGACUGUGGGAAAACCUUUAGCUUUAAGGCGAAUCUUCAUCGACAUGAGGUUAUUCACACUGGAGAGAGACCCUACAGGUGUGACAAAUGUGGAAAGUCUUUCAGUUGGCGCACAAGCUUUAUUAAGCAUCAGGGUACCCACAGAGAGCAGCUAUCUGCAUGAGAUUAACUGGGAAAGCUACCAUUUAAAGCCCAGAACUUAACUGCUACGGCAAGUAUGUAUAACCUGAUUGUUUCACAAAAAUUAAUAAACAAGAACUGUUUUU